UGUUUUUCUACCACUUUGACGGUCGGCAAGAAUUAUGUGGUUUACCUGAGGAAAGCGGGGCCUACCUACACACCGUCGGAUAUGGAGGUUGAAGUCACCGGCACAAACGACCCUUUCAUGCAGAACAUAACCAGAGUGUGUGACUUGAAUACCAUGCACCCAGAAGGCACAGAUCCAGCUUUAGUAGAUUGUCCCCAGACACUGGGUCAGCCAAAAUGUGUCAGAUACCAGGACUCCCCUGGAGAGACUAGCCUACCUCCUGAAAUCACCACGGAUACCCUGAAAGAAUUUACGUCACCUGAGAACAACAAGGAUGACCAGAAUACGGCCAAUGGUAGCGGGAAACGGUCCAAAAACGGGGCAUCAUCCAGGGGCAUGGAGACGAUGAUAGUCACACUUCUUUGUGGCGCACUUGUCUUAGUGUUAUGAUGGGAACGCCCUGGAAAGAUACCUGG